UCUCCCUCCCCCUCUCCCCACCUCUCACACCGCUCUCCACAGAUACGCCAAAGCAGCAACUGCAGCAGAGCGCAGGGCCAGCAGGAUUUUCCUCCACGUUCUCCAGCAGCCGAGAAACCAGAGCUCUCACUGUCCACGGCAGAGAGAAACACAGACAGGUCGUCUAUGGAGUAUUCUCUGAGGAGCAUCUGACCUGCAAACUGUCGAGGUUUUCCUCCAGCUGUCAGAAGCGGUUGUGUGCUUUCCUAAUCGUUGCCAUCCCUCCUUUCGGAAUUACCUCAGCCGCUCCCUGCCCUACGCCCCUCAUCCUCGUUUAAGGAUAAGAUGCUUGGCUGUGCGCCCCUGUGCUAAGGAGGCGUCAGCGGGCAGCAGCAUGGGCGCUGGGCUCAACAGAAUCCCCACCACCCCCUCCACCAGUCUAACACCACCAGAUUGCCCCACCGACACGGGCACUCCACCCAGCCCUGCUGAUGGGCGAAGACACUGACGCUGCACCGACGCUCAACCACCACGGCUUCCUCCCCGACCACAACUAUGUGACUGAUGGGCUGCUCCUGGCUAUAGCCUGAAGAGCUCCGCCCAUCCCGUCCAUCCCUCUCCACCCUGGAGUCCUCCCCAAAGAUGUUGAGCCCCAUCCAGGUCCUGUGCUCUGACAUCACUACCCUUUCUCUGGAGCCUGAGCCGUUUGCCUCUUACACAGAAGCUGAUAUCAUCUCCACUGUUGAGUUCAACCACACAGGAGAGCUCCUGGCCACAGGGGACAAAGGGGGCCGCGUAGUCAUCUUCCAGAGGGAGCCUGAGAGUAAGACUGAACCUUUUUCCCAAGGAGAGUAUAACGUGUACAGCACCUUCCAGAGCCAUGAGCCAGAGUUUGACUACCUUAAGAGUUUGGAGAUUGAGGAAAAGAUCAAUAAGAUCCGCUGGCUGCCUCAGCAGAACGCCGCACAUUUCCUCCUCUCAACAAACGACAAAACCAUCAAGUUGUGGAAGGUGAGUGAACGAGACAAACGGCCGGAGGGAUACAACCUGAAGGAUGAGGAAGGCCGCAUCAAAGACAUCUCCACAGUCACCUCCUUACAGGUUCCUGUAUUGAAGCCCAUGGAUCUGAUGGUGGAGGUGACCCCUCGACGAGUGUUUGCCAACGCUCACACUUAUCACAUCAACUCCAUCUCCGUCAACUCUGACUAUGAGACCUACAUGUCAGCUGAUGACCUCAGGAUCAACCUCUGGAAUCUGGACAUCACGGACCGCAGCUUCAACAUUGUGGAUAUCAAACCAGCAAACAUGGAGGACCUGACAGAGGUGAUCACGGCGGCAGAGUUCCAUCCUCACCACUGUAACCUGUUUGUCUAUAGCAGCAGCAAAGGUACGCUGCGCCUGUGUGACAUGAGGGAAGCAGCACUGUGCGACAAGCACUCCAAAUUGUUUGAAGAGCCUGAGGACCCCAGCGCCCGCUCCUUCUUCUCUGAGAUCAUUUCUUCUGUAUCAGAUGUAAAAUUCAGUCACAGUGGCCGUUACCUGCUCACCAGAGACUACUUGACUGCAAAAGUCUGGGAUCUCAACAUGGAGAGCAAACCCCUGGAGACAUACCAGGUUCACGAUUACCUCCGCAGCAAACUGUGUUCCCUUUACGAGAACGACUGCAUCUUUGACAAGUUCGAGUGUGCCUGGAACGGGGCAGACAGUGUGAUUAUGACCGGAGCAUACAACAACUUCUUUCGCAUGUUUGACCGCAACACCAAACGCGACGUGACCCUGGAGGCAUCGAGGGAGAGCAGCAAGCCCAGAGCUGUCCUGAAGCCCCGGCGGGUCUGCGCAGCCGGAGGGAAGCGGCGGAAAGACGACAUCAGCGUGGACAGCCUGGACUUCACCAAGAAGAUCCUCCACACGGCCUGGCACCCGACUGAGAACAUCAUUGCUAUUGCUGCCACCAACAACCUGUACAUCUUUCAGGACAAACUCAACUCGGAGAUGCAUUAAUGAGUGGACGUCCUUUGUGGGUGCAACUGAGUUUACACGCAUACAUAAUAGAAUGUGCAUUAUUAUGAGUCUUACACACACACACUGUCACACACCCAGGAAGAUGCCUAAGAAACAACACACACACACAUGCUACUUCAUCUCCUCCUCCACAUCCCUGAACUGAAAGGAUCUUUUCAAAAUGAACUGGACUGAAAACAGUGGAUUUCUCAGUUCUUAGGAUUGUGUUGAUGAAGUGUUGAUUGCCCUCAGAAGGAGAUACGCCCUCCCCAGACAAAAGACGUGUGCAGUCUGUUUUUAUUUGACUUUUUUUUUUUAAGACCCAUUCUCCAUUCCUCUCCUGGACUCGAGUAAAGCCCGUUCUUAUUCCUCAUUUUUCUGAGUAUUACAAACUCUCUGAGGUUUUUUUUUUAACCAGCAACACAGAUGAGACUCGAGGCAGUAAUGUAACGUGAUAUUUGUUUCAUUCCAGAUCAGUCCUCCUGUUUUUGUAACUACUUGUUAAAUGAUGUUGAUGAUGGUAACUAUGACGAUACGUGACAACCUGUGUGAUGUUUAAGGAUGUAACUUCCCCCUCAUCCCAAAGCCAUGAGCACUGCAGAUUUAGGAGAGAAAUGUGCUCAGUAAAGUGGAAGGUCCUGCAGAAGGAAAAUGAAUGCAUACACAUUCAACUGUCAGCGCCAAGAGUUUUUCAAAAAAAGGUCUAAACGUAUCUGCUUCUGGUCCUGGCCCACGUUGUGUUCUGUCUCGACAUUACACACUCAGUUCAUUCAAAAAAGAAAAAAAAAAGCAUACAUGCUUUCACCAAUCAAGCAAAACGACGCUGCAUGUGAAGACUAUUUAUCAAUUGACUGAGACUUGGCUGCCUUCUUUACCUUAUAAAGCCAGCUGUACAAAGCUUUUGGAGCCCUGGGGCUCCGUGCAGCAGGAAUGACCUUAGAGGACCAAACCCUCCUACUGUUUGUUGUGUCCUCAGGACACUGACGCAUGUUUACCCCGUGUUCGGUUUAUACUUGUCCGCUCUGAAUGAAAACAGCUCCUGCUCACUGGAAGUGUGAGACGAGAAAAACGGGGAAUGUUUUUGAUCAAUGUACUUUUAAAGAUGACAAAAAGUAAAUAAAAAAAUCAAGGGGCCUCAAAGGUGUCUGCAUAUAUCAGCUGUCUGACAUGUAUGUAUUUAUUUUUUUUGUAUUGACCAACUGCAGACUUUAUGGUCUAAACUGAUGAUUGCCUCCUGCCGGCUACAGCAGAGAGAUGGUACUUCAGCCUCUUUCUCAGCGAUUCCUUUGAGAAGCUUUUAUGUUGAACAAAACAGCCUUUCAGUUGGAGUCUCCACUCUACAACUUUACUCACAUAUAUUUUUCCUGAUCCUGUGUUGACAAUAAUGUCAGAAGGACAGUUAUAAAUAAUGUUAAUAUGCUUUUUUCUGAAUAAAGGAUUCAAUGAAUUUGCAUCGAAUGAUGAUA